UACCUUGACAGCCCCACCUUCUCUCAGCAUCAGCCAUACCAUUGGCUGGUUUCCAUGUCAGUCAUCCCCUUUGGAGCGCUUCUUCCUCUUUGAAAAGAUUGCUAAUUUGGGAGGGAUUGUGCAAAUCCGGGGGGCUGUGCACUGUUGUCGCUCGGGAUAUUUAUUAGUCUGCUCUGUGUUCAGCCGCUGCUGGUGAGAGGGAGACGUACAGCAGCAAACACUGAGGGGGCGCUCAGACAGGGGCAGUGCUAGUGGGAAGUAAAAGCCUUAUUAUGAAAGUAAAGUUGGACUGUGGGGAGAAGGCUAUACCCGAGCUGCUGUGGAUGCGGGGUCCCAAUGUCUGAGUGCCAGUGUGUGCACGUGAUACACCUGCUUGGGAGCUGUAAAGCAUGCUGCUGCUCUCCCCUGGUGGCUGUGCGUGUUGCUGCCCCGUUAUCUGGUGCUGCUGCUGAGUUGUGUCUGGGCUGCCCCUGUGCCCAUGCUGGGCUCCAUCCUACACUGACACUAGUGUGGGAACAUGGGCACGGGGAUGUGCAGGAGGCAGAAGAGUCUGCUCCAUACAGGCUUCUGUGUGCUCUCAAUGCUGGCCUUGGCCACCGGCAUCUUCCUAUACAAUUAUAUCGUACAGAAAGCCAAGAGCUCCGAAGCCCUGGCCAUGAGAAGCAAGCAGCAGCAGGAGGCUCUGUCUGCCCAGCUACAAGUGGUCUAUGAACACCGCUCAAGGCUAGAACGUUCCUUGCAAAAAGAAAGGAGUGAACACAAGAAGACAAAAGAAGAUUUUUUAGUCUAUAAACUGGAAGCACAGGAAGCUCUGAAUAAAGAGAAGCAAGAUUCCAUGAAUCGCUACGGGGCUCUCGGCUCACAACACAAGAUUCUUAAGAAUCAGCACGAUGACCUUAAGAAGCAACUCUCAGAUCUGCAAAAUGAGCACAGCAAUCUGGAGAUGGAACAUCGUAAAGCACUAGAGACCCACAGUCAGAGACUUUUUCAGCUGCAGAGGGACAAGGAGAAAGAGAUGAUUGGGCUGCAAGAUACAAUACUUAAGCUACGUGAAGAAAGCAAGCUCCUCCGGAAGGCUCACGACGAUGUCCACACGCAGCUCCGCAAUGCUCAGACGCAGAUGGAUGAAUUUCUGCAGCUCAAGGAUGCAUUGAAGAAAAUGCCAAGCUUUAAGAACCCAGUUCCUGAAACUGAAAACCUGCUCUUGCCAUCCAAUAAACAGGUUUCUCAGUUAAAUGAAGCACAGAUGCCUAAGAACCCCCUGGGAAAUUCUAGGUUCAUGGCUGAUCGGCCAAUCCCUGGAGCAGAAAUGAAGAGCGUUUCACAGGAGCCUCUUCCCAAACAGGACAGUGAUGUGUUUCAGAAUCAAAGUCCCUCCAAAAGUUUAACCCCUUGCAGAUCACAGAAUGAGAGCAUCAUUCAAGUAGUACGAUUUGCUAGGACAGUGAACAGCCUGCAGAGCCUGAAGAAGGAUGCAAACCAACAAGUGAUCCUAAAGGCUGAAGAGAAGCAAGACACUGUUCUUGGGAAUGAGUUUAUUAGUGAUUUGCCAGCUGUCCCGGGCAGAGAGAGUCUGAUGGUGAAGGUUAUGACUGGCAAAGAACAGGUGCCAAUUCAGAGCUGGCAAGCCAUUGUGAACAAGGUGAAUGCCAGGAUGACAGAAGACGACAUCAGAUUUGGUGCUAGCAAUGCUGCCGCCAAGCAGGAGAUGGGUUAUGCCAACGUACCUGUUGAUAAAUGGGACAAAGAGGCGGCGCUUUCACCCAGCUACAAAAAGGCAGAUAAUAAUGAAGAACUGGAAAUGGAUGCCGCGAUGAUUGACAGAGACGAAAACCUGCAGUCCCGGAAGCAGCACGUCGUACAGGAGCCACUGGUUCCAGAGGAUGCCGCUGAUCCAGCCAAAGAUCCCAACAAUCAGGGGGAAGAUGAGUUUGAGGAGGCUGAGGUCGACAGGCCUGAGUUUAAUCAUAAAGCAGCUUCGGCAGAGCAGCAAGUUCAUCUCCUGGCAGCAAAGGAGGAACAUGGAGGGGAGCUUGAAAAUGCGGAGGAUUUGGAUGAAGAUCACAAAAGGGCAGAUACCCAGGAUAUAAAAAGCAAGAGAGAUGACUAUUACUGACUUGCUUUUUAAACUCCAGCACUCAGAUGGAGAGAAAGAGGAGGAUAAGGUGUCCCUCAGGGUAAUGCUCUAUUUUAUUCUAUGCACGGUGUAGAGGACACUGGGGAUGUUGUCGGAUAGAGUGCUAGAGGGACAGGAGCCUGACACUCUGCAAGCACAGUAUGAGGCCUCCUUUAUUAGGCUGGACUGUGGCUCAGAAACGGGUGGUUCUUUAGUAACAAAUGUGCUUUCACAUUGUUUCUCACCAUGGAGAGAAUGUACAGAUCUCGCUCUGCUGAUUGUGCCUACAUAUUUGUAUAGGGAUGUCAAGACCAGCAAAGCCAUUAUUGCAAAAACAAACCUUUGUUUAAGUGUUCAAUGUUGUUUGUCUAUUCUUAAUUAUUCUCCAAUACAAACCAUUUUCAAACAUAUCUUACACACACUGUAUGCCUGCUGCAGUCAUACAGCCAUUGGAGUGUGCCAUAUUACAUGCAAGCAGGGACCUAUGUGGCAUCCUUGGCUUAUCUGAUAUAAAACUGUCCUCAAUAUAAAGAAAUCUCAGCGCUUUUAGCUGCAAGAGAGCAAAAAAAAAAAUAGUAUUUUAGUAGCAGCCUUCCCAAAAGUCAAAGGGGAGAAUAGAGGGCAAACCAAAGAAAUGUUCACUAUGAGGAUUAGUGAAGACGGGUGCUUGCACACUCCUAAAAAGAAUUUCCGUGUAUAAAUCCUCUCCUGCUGUGAGGGAAUUGUUAACUUUUUCUAUAACUUGCUCACUAGAAUGUAUAGCCAUGAAUAUACAUUAUAUUUAGAUAGAUACAGUAUAAUAUUAUUAGUAUUAAAUAGGCAUUACAGGCACUCAGAAAGUCAUUAGUUCCCCCAGGGAAAUGCUGCUAAAGGGUGUUGGGAAUAUUGUGUCUCUGUUGUCACACCCCUGGAAACAACAAUGGUUCCUUGCACAAUCAAGCAGCCACACUAUCAAAACGUAUAUUUAGUGCCUAAUUCUAAGCACGUUAAGCAUAGAAAUUCACCUUCUGCUUACACAUAGAAAUCGAUGGGGUUUUUUUUUUUAUAUUUCAGUUAUAAUAAAUAUGUAGCACCUGUGAGUUUGUGAGAUGACCCAGGCCAUUUUAGCUAAUCACUGAAUGUGGAUAAGAUCGUUAUGUUCUGCCCUUACAAAAUGGUUUAAUUGUAUUUAAUCUGCUGCUACAUCCUUCUCAUAAUACUACCUUUUUACUUUACUUAAUUAGUAAAGUGUCCACAAUGCACUUUGACCAGAUUUUUUUUUUUUUAACCCACAGGCACAAAAUGGUCGCGGGUGCAGCCUGCCUUGUAAGGGGAGACACUCGGCAUUUACAUGCACAUCCGUUACAUGAGUUUCAUUACACAAAAAAGGCUUAGUUGAUUGAGGAAGGCAUUAAAGGAUAACUAAACCCUAAAAAUGAAUAUGGUUAAAAUUGCCAUAUUUUAUAUACUGAACUUAUUGCACCAGCCUAAAGUUUCAGCUUGUCAAUAGCAGC